AUGAAGCUGGCUUUGGUGUUAGCGUUAUUGAGCGUGCUGGCUCUGUCGGCCCUCGCCAGCCCAGUGCCCUCGUCCAAAGUCCAGAUCGUCGAGGCCCCAGCCUCGGCCGUCCAGUCGAGACAAGCCGCACCAGCGGCCGGUCAAGCCGGCGCCGCCGCGUCCGACGACGAUGACGACGACGACGACGACAUCGACCUCGACAUCACCGGCGAGGACGACGACGACGACGACGACGAGGACGAGGAAGAGGAGGAAGACGACGACGACGACGAGGACUACUUGGAGAGAUUCAUCGACGAGGUCCUUGGCGGUGAAGACGACGACGACGACGACGAUGAGACCAACGCCGUGCCAUCUGCUCCAGCUCCCGCACCCGCUGCAGCCUCCGUGGUCCAACCCGUCGCCGCUUCGGCCAACUCGCCCGUCAUUCCACCCAAUGUACAGGCCGACUUGAUCGAGGAACAGCUCAACUCGGUAGGCGUGACCAACGUGCCCGACAUCGACUCGUCUCUCGCCGACGAGACCAGCUCCUACGAGGACGAGGAGGCCGCCGAGGCUCAAGCCGCCAACGCCGUCAACGAGGUCGAAGCCGCCGAGGCCCAGACCGCGGCAGCCGCCCAGCAAGCCGCCAACGCAGCCGCCGCCGCUGCCCCGGUCAGCAACGCCGUCAGCUCCGACGAGGACGACGACGACGACGACGACGAUGACGAGGAAGACGUCGAUCUCGACAUCGCCGAAGACGACGAUGACGACGACGAUGAUGACGACGACGAGGACGACGACGAGGAAGACUCGGCCGCCACCGAGGAAGACGACGAGGACGACGACGACGACGAAGAGAUCGAGGGUCUCGCCGACAUCGCCUCGGCUCGCGCCAAAAGUCGCGCGCGCGUUUCCCCUUCGGACGUCUCGUCGAUCUACGUGGCCAAGUACAACGGCUUCGUGGACUCGAUCCUCGAGCGCAUCAACCGGAUCCUGCGCGAGAAGUACGACCCCGUGACGGUGAAGCUCGCCAGCAGCAGCAGCAGCGGCAGUACACCAAGCAGCAGCGGAGUAAAGGGCUCGACCAAGAAGCGCACCACCUCCAGCAAAAAGAAGAAGAAGACGAGCAGCAAGAGGCGCAAGAGCAGCAGCAGCAGCCACUCCAAGAACAAGAGUCGCGUCGUCGAGCCGAGGAGCAUCGAUCGACAGGAGGACGUCUCGAGCACUACUCCCUCGAGCCCGAAGGAGGUCACUCAGCAGCUGGAACAGAUCGCGGCAUCGCAAAUUAGCAACACGGAAGCGUCGAUCGGCGAGUCCGCGGCCAUGCAGCAGUCGACGAGAUCGGUAUCGAGCACCAAGAGCAGCCAAUCGGCCACGACGAGCUCGCCGGCUCAGGCUCAGGCGAGCGAUCGCGGCACCAGCCCGACCAAGAAGCGCCGACCGACCAAGAGCGGCAGCAAACCCAGCGUCAAACCUACCACGACGACCAAGCGUCCAGCCAGCUCCAAUAGCAACAAGGUUGGUACAUCACGAACAAGCAGCACCAGUACCAAGCGCACCAAGUCCAAGGCCAAGGCCACCCUGUACGGUCUGUCGUCGCUCAAGCGCUCGGGCGACGUCUCGGUCAAUCUGGCGAGCGAUCACACGACCAUCAGGACGAAAUUCAACCUCGGCCCACUGGUUCUCAGGGUCGAGAAGGAGUUCGGCCGGGACGAGCGCAAGGAGGUGCGCAGCGCCACCGCCACCACCGCCGAGAUGUCCGGCAGGCUCAGCCUGAGGGUCUAUCACGGGGGCGCCGCCACUCUCCACUCGAUACGCGUCUUGCAGCCCAAGCAGAUGAGAAUCGAGAGCUCCGACGACCACGACAGGACGCGCGAGUUCGUCUGGGAGCGAUCGGCCCGCAUAGCCCAUCUGGUCUCGCAGAAGCUGUCGAGCGCCACGAGGUCGAUGCUGAGACCACCGCCGAGGCAGCAGCAUCAGAGGGCGGCCAGCAGCUUCGUCGCCGCUAGGGCUGCUUAG